CAGCGCUUACUAAUUAGGCAAAGCCGGUGAACAUGAGCACCUGCUGAGAUCGUGACAUCAAAAACUAAGAAAUUUCUGUAUAAUUUUGUUUUCAAGUGACACUGACAAGGCUACGCUCAUAUGAAAUUUAAACACUUAUCAAAUUCUGAUUUUCACAUAGAAGUAAACAAAAUUUUGUUCUCGGCGCCAUCAAGUGCUCGUCCCCUCAUCGUCCCUCCAUUUGGUAACCCAACUCCCAACUCCAAAAUCCAGUAAUCGCAGAAUCGAGAUGUCUGCCAUCCUACUAUACGGAAUCUGCCUGUGCUUGUCCGUUCUGGUGUUGCUCGUGGGCUUCGCUUUUGCGCCUCUUAAACGGCUUAUCAUGCCCAGGAGAGUUCCCGUUCAAAUGGCCUUGGUUCCCGCUGCCUCAAGGGCUGUCCAAAGAGACCCCUACGAUCCUUUGGAGCAAUCGUCGUGGCACAAAUCAAUUCGCGAGCACAUUCGUUACUUGGCUCGCUACGUCCAUGUGCCACCCGAUUUGGAUGAGGUCGGGAUGCCCGCGGAACUUCAUCGCCACAUGCAGGUUUUGGCCAUGCUGCAGGAUCUGUUCCGGGCAGGCCAUUUGCAAAGGCGCACUGUCUCGGCUUCCGUUCCCGAUGUUCCCGAUAUCGAUCCCGACCAGAAUCGUCGUCGAUAAGGUUAGUAAUCCUGGGAAAUAAGAGCUGGCAUUCAGAGGAGGAAAGUGGCCAGCUGCCAUUCAGAGUCCCUUUCGAUUCCACAUCCAUAAAUAAAUACUAUGCUUAAACACCGUCA